GCCUCUGACGGCCGUCGUGGACCCGAGCAUUGUUUCUUCGUUGGCUUUGCGAUUGCCAGCGUCCGAGUGGAGGCUCAUUCCUCUGGAUACAGCCACAGAAGAGGAGUUGGAAUCGGCAGAGGUGUUAUGCCCGCCCUUCUCAUUGGCCAGGAACGCCAGCGCCUUUUCAAGCUUGCUGCAGAAGGUGUCAUCAGGCAAGCUGCUGCAGUGGAUGGCUGCUGGAACCGACCUGAUCAACAUGUCGGCCGUACCAUCGCACUUCGCGAUCUGCGACGUGCACCAAGGUGGUGUGGCAAUACCGGAAUAUGUGCUGGCGGGGAUACUGCAGUGGAACGUCCGCAUGAUGGACCUGGACAGCGCGUUUAGACGGUGCACUUGGAUGCUGGGCCAAGCAGUCGAUACUGUUAGCCCAUCAACAUCUUCAGAGGUCUACAACCAGACAGUCGGAAUCGUGGGCUUCGGCACCAUCGGCCGGGGUGUGGGCCAACGAGCGGCGGCGUUUGGAAUGCGAGUCAUCGCUGUCGACGAGUAUAUUCCGUCACCAGUUCCAUCCUACGUCUCCUGGAUAGGUCAUGACGAUCAGCUGCCCAAGCUGAUGGCAGAGGCCGACUUUGUGGUGGUGGCUGAGCUCUCUUACAUGAAGCAAGAUGGGGUCCUGAUCAAUGUGGCUCGUGGGCCCAUCGUGGAUGAGAAUGCUCUCUGGCGGACACUGCAAGGCGAGCAAAUAGGUGGGGCAAUUCUCGAUGUCUGGUGGCACGAUUUCUCCUGGUACCAGAAUGGCAGCCCGGCUCCUUCCUUGCUGCUUGCACCGCAUGCGGCUUUCCGGGCUCAUUUCCCCGGGGGCCGCCCGCGCUCCUCGCCCGGCUUUGGCUGCAAGGGAGCUGUGGCGGUGUGGCUGGGCAGUUGCAUGCCACUUUGGAGAAGGAGCCGGCGGCAGUGCAUGGGGCAUCGAGAACAGACCAUGACUCUCCUGGCGCAUUCCAACAAGCAAGUGAAAAACUUGACCCUACAUCUUCUGCAUGAGCGGAUGCCAGGUGAGUCGCUUCUUCAGCGAAGGAACACGACCUUGUGUAAACUCCUCGCCUUAGUGGUCAACCUACGGCCCCUGCCACUACUUUCUUUGCAGAGGCAAUCACAGAAUCUGGCGUUGAAGCUGCUGUGCGAGCUGCCAGCCACUGGCCUAGCCGAGCACCGGCAGCUGAUUGCCAGCUGCCACGACAAACACAGCAACACCUGGCUCCACGUUGCGGCUGCAGAAGGCCACCUACAGGCCUGUGAGAUCUUGGUGGACAGCGUGGGCCUUCCGUUGCAUGCACGGAACGAUGAUGGCUUACAGCCGCUGGCCCUUGCGAAGAGUUACGAAGUUGAUCAAUUUGUGAGGAGUAGGAUGCACUUUCGGGAGACCCGGUUCGGCCACGGGAAUGCUUUCGCUGAGAUGAUGCAGGAUGAGAGGCUGGUGUCCGAGGUCGUAUGGUACACGAUUCCUCUUCCUGGCCUCGCCGGCAAGCUUGGAGGCCUUCACUCCUUCCUGGAAGUGACGGUGGGUGGGGGGGUCAAGACCAAGAGAUACGUGCUUGAGAAGGCUGGGUCUGUUCCCCUGGAGGCACAUCAGGAGCAUGGCGUCUUCAUCGGCAGCGACGAUUUGGGCACCAACUUGCUGCGCGCGAAUGGUGUUGACAUGCACAGCAGGAAGUUGAGCCUCACCAGCGGCAGUCUGAAGCCUGGGCUGAAGAUGAAGGACUUGCACGAGCAAGCUCAUAAAACUGGACGCUAUGAUCUUGCAUCUUCGAACUGCCAUCAUGCCGCCCAGCUCGUCUUCAAUCACUGCUGCGCCCGAGAAGCAGACCGGGAGGCCACAACCCCCAACGAACUCAUGGCAGUCGUGGCUGCUGGAUUGAGUGCAUUGCAGCUUCACUUGUUCAACUCAAGAAGUUUUGGCUCCGAAACCUCAGGCUCAGAAUUUGCUUCAGUUGAGUCUGAAGUGCCCUCGUCUGCCCUCCGUGCGGCUCCGCGCGGGUUUACGAAGGCGUUCGACGUGUCCUCCGACCCUCUCGCUUUCGUUGCUGCUGCCCUGAGCCAUGCGGUGUAUGACGAGGAUCCGGCGAGCAUUCUGAAGCCACGAGAGGCCGCUGCUGGUGCCGUCAUCCACAACGAAUUAGAGAAGCCGGUUGAUGUGCAAGACUCCCCUUUAGGCACUAGCAAAAGAAUAGAAGCAGGUGACAAGUGCACGGUCGAUCAUAUUAUUGGGGGACCAGAGAAAGCACUCGUGAAUAUCAUUCAAGACGGGUUCGUAAAGACCCCCCUGGCCGAGAAUCAGCCGAUCUGGAUGGGUCGUGACUAUGAGCUAACUCGGGACUUUCGAGGUGAGGUCAUUGUCCAAGAGGUGGCGAUGCCAAGAGUCGAGGUGCUGCACACCGUGCACGCUGGAAACGGCGUUAGCCCGGUGGAGUGGCUCCUCGCUAGGUCUGGCGACGCGAUUUACUUGUGCUUCCGUGGUACGGACGAUGUCCAGGAUGCUGCGAUUGAUUUCAGUGUCCUGCCAGACUUUCACAGAUUCAAAGAGUACGGCAUCGGCGUGCACGGAGGGAUUGCACAUGCCCUCGAGCAGGAGGGAGAUAGACUUUGUCAUGUUGUGAGCGAUGUGCUGCAGGCUUUGCAGGAGCAUCGUCGAGCUGGAGAGCGGCUGGUCCUUUGCGGCCACUCCCUCGGUGGAGCCUACGCCCAAGUCAUGGCUGUCCACUUGUUGACGCGGAAGGUGGAAGUCACGGCCCUCCGAACCUUUGGCACUCCUCAUGUCUUCAUACCAGGGAGUAGAGAAACUUCUCCAUUGUGGAGGCAGUUGUGUUCGAUAAGCCAGCAUUGGGUGCGGGACUGGGAUCCCGUUCCACGGUUGCCCCUUUGCAAAACCUGGCUGACAGAGGUGCUGCCAAAGCUGAAACUCGAGCUUGGUGGGAUCCGGGUUGGCGUUGCCGAGACACUUCUUCGUGAUAUUCAGCAGAACUACAAAGGAGCCAAAGUUCCCUUGCUAGAGGGCUUCGACGUCGCCGGCGAGGUCGUGCUGGUGAGCAAGGCACCCAUCUCAGCCCACAUUGCACGGGAAGGAGGAGCGCCUCAGAAGGAGCUUCUCAGUGAGAAGCCUCCGGAGGCAUCGAUGACUUUCAACAAGCUGAAUGCCUACCACGAUAUGGAGGAAUAUUUGCAGAUUGCUCGUCUGUUGACUGGCCCAGAAGCGGCCUGA